AUGUCACUAUCAUCAUCAUCAUCAUCAUUUCCAACCAAUGAAAGUGUGCAGAGGCACCUGCUAUCUUUUCAGCACGCGGUGGAUGAUUCAAUCUCAGCAUCAUUAUCUCGACACAAUCGAAAUGAUAGCAGCUUUCGCCAGCCCCGUGUCCUGUAUAUUGAUCCACACUUCUAUACUACCAUAGAGAACAACAACCAUGAUGCAGGAGAUGCUGAAGAGUCGUCGUCGUCCAGCAAACAUGAAAUCCAGAUUACCAAACGAACUCGAGCAGCGAAGAAGCACCUGGAAAACAGCAGACAGUACCGAAAGUGGCAACGAGACCCGCUUCGAGAAGGAGACUGCAAACCCAUGAAACCUUGGCAGGAAACCUCUUUCCCUUCCUGCAAUAAAAUGCACGAGAUGGAGAUUCAAAGCCAGUUUCAAGUAUUGACGAAUGGUGGGUAUAACACAGUAUAUAAGUUUUCUGACAUGGAUGGCAGUACCCGCAUUGCUAAGAUCCUAAAGUAUGCCAGAGACUACACGGAUCGUAAUUUGGAUCGAGUCCGGCGGGAUUCCCUCAUUAUGGAACGGGCGACGGCUUCUGACUUUGUACUCGACACCUACAGUUAUUGCGGCUUUUCUCAAUUAAUUGAAUAUGGUGAGGGUGGGGAUCUGAACUAUUGGAUUAUGGCUGUAUAUGAAAGACUGUCACAGAAACAAAAACUGCAGAUCGCAACACAAAUUUCACAAGCAUUGGCCGAUGUUCACAAUCUGGAUGGAAACAACAUUUCGAGUAUGACUCACGGAGAUCUCGCUUCCAAGCAGUUCAUUUUGGUGGACGGCAAAUUCAAGCUUAGUGAUUUCAAUCGAGGACGCUUCCUUCGAUGGGAUGAGAAAACAAACGAACCAUGUCCUUACACGAUUGGGAGCAAUGAUGGAAAGUUUCGAUCACCAGAAGAGUAUGAUUAUAUUCCUCAAACCUCAGCUAUUGACGUGUGGGCGUUGGGAAGCGUCUUGGUCCAGCUGGUAACGGGCGAAGAAGCUUGGGAUGGCUACGAAAACGAAGUUGCACAGAGUGCAAUCGUUGCUGGAAAACUGCCUCCGUUCCGAGAAAAGAUCAAGUAUCCAUCCGAUCCAAUCAACCAAGUACUGGUCAAAGCCAUUGGCAUGUGCUACGUCUACGAACCAAAGGAUCGGCCGAAGGCUGGAGCUGUCGUGGAGUACUUGAAAAACGAAGUAACUAGGUUGGGAUUUGAGUGGAACCGGAUAGAUUGA